AAGCAACACUUUCUCUUCACAUUUCGCAACUCACCGAUCACAUUUGCAUACUGGAACACAAACGGCGAUAUAUUUCUAUAUGAAUGCUUACGAAUAAUUGAUUUGAUAGUAUACGAAAGGGAGGAAGGGCAAAAAAAAACAACACUCACCAUGGCCGACGAAGAAACUCUCACGAGGAGCCACUGCCUGCCAUUCAUCUCCAUUACAGAGCCUAUCGAGGUUAGCGAGUUAAGAUCGGAUGGUUCCACCGACGCUUCUGCGUUUUUCCAAUGGCCGUUUCCAAGCCCGCUCUUAUUUGAAAAUGAGAGCAGCGAUGCACGAGAUCACUGCGCCAACGAAAGAACCUUCCUUUCGUAUCUUCGCCUGUCUAUAUACAUGGCGAUUGUGUCCGUCGCCAUCACCGUUUCAUUCCACAUCAAGGGCACACCUAGCGAUCUCGAGCGCAGGGUAUCGAAGCCCCUCGGGGGAAUAUUCUGGGUCCUGUCUGUAGUGACUUUAGUCCUAGGCGCGGGGAACUAUAUAAGAACUGUCAACAUGUAUGGCAAAAGAGCUGCUAUUGUGCAAUCUGGUUGGAAGACACAAGUAAUUUUGGGUUUCAUUGCAUUUUCUAUUAUCGGGACGUGCAUCAUACUUCUUGUUAUAGACAAAGUACGCCAAAAAUGA